AUGGGGUUAAUUAUAAGCUGUCUGUUCACCUCUUUCGCUUCAGCAUCUCAAAUAGCUUCUCUAUUUUUCGGGUCUCUUUUUGAGGUCUUUUCUUACUUCCUCUCUUUCUCUUUUCGUCGUCUAGGGGCUUGGCUGACGAUUAAGAAGAAAAUGCGUUCCCUCUCUCUUUCGUCUUGGUAUGACAGCAUUCUCGCUCCAGAUGGUCUGUUCUUUCUUUCUUUCUUUCUUUUCCCUCUCCGGAGUUCCGCAUACGUCGUCAAACAGGUCCAUCCAUUCGACUGGGAGACCAAUUCUCCUCACAAUUUCGCAAACACAUCUUUUCGGCCCAUAUGUAGAGACAUUUGCCAGACGUCCUGCCGGCCCGCAGACCCGGUCAAGACUGACUUUUCCGUUUCACUAUUCGUUUCUGUUUUCUUCUUACUACUAACUUUUUUCCAUUAUGGGUGGGAUGAGAUCAUCGACCCUCUCUCUCAUCUUCAGGGUCAGAGAAAGUUUAGUUUAAAGUGUUUCAACUUCUCCCAACCGGAAUAUAUCCAUGUAAAUCAUGCUGUCAACACCUUGACCAAAAGAGAAGGAAAGGGUACACUUUGGUCAAUCCUUGUCGCCACUAAGUCUAUCUAUUUCUUUUGGUUUACUAUAUUUACAUUUUCUGCAAGUACUGGGCUCUUUAUUUCAGAAUGCUUCUAA